GCUGGGGGUGGGGAAGGGACGGCCGGCUACGGCCGGGGCCGCGACGAUGACUCUGGAGUCCAUGAUGGCGUGUUGCCUGAGCGACGAGGUGAAGGAAUCUAAACGCAUCAACGCCGAGAUCGAGAAGCAGCUGCGGCGGGACAAGCGCGACGCCCGGCGCGAGCUCAAGCUGCUGCUGCUCGGCACCGGUGAGAGCGGGAAGAGCACCUUCAUCAAGCAGAUGCGCAUCAUCCACGGCGCCGGCUACUCGGAGGAGGACAAGCGCGGCUUCACCAAGCUGGUCUACCAGAACAUCUUCACUGCCAUGCAGGCCAUGAUCCGUGCCAUGGAGACGCUCAAGAUCCUCUACAAGUACGAGCAGAACAAGGCCAAUGCCCUCCUGAUCCGGGAGGUGGACGUGGAGAAGGUGACGACAUUUGAGCACCAGUAUGUGAAUGCCAUCAAGACACUGUGGAAUGAUCCCGGCAUUCAGGAGUGCUAUGACCGCCGGCGCGAGUUCCAGCUGUCUGACUCGGCCAAGUAUUACCUGACUGACGUGGACCGCAUUGCCACAGUGGGCUACCUACCCACCCAGCAGGAUGUUCUGAGGGUGCGUGUGCCUACCACAGGCAUCAUCGAAUACCCCUUCGACCUGGAGAACAUCAUCUUCAGGAUGGUGGACGUGGGCGGACAAAGGUCUGAGCGCCGGAAGUGGAUCCAUUGCUUUGAGAAUGUGACGUCUAUCAUGUUCCUCGUGGCACUCAGUGAAUACGACCAGGUCCUGGUGGAGUCAGACAAUGAGAACCGUAUGGAGGAGAGCAAGGCGCUCUUCCGGACCAUUAUCACCUAUCCAUGGUUCCAGAGCUCCUCAGUCAUCCUCUUUCUCAACAAGAAAGACCUGCUGGAGGACAAGGUCCUGCACUCACACCUGGUGGACUACUUCCCAGAGUUUGAUGGCCCCCAGCGGGACGCACAGGCGGCUCGGGAAUUCAUUCUGAAGAUGUUUGUGGACCUGAACCCCGACAGUGACAAGAUCAUCUACUCCCACUUCACAUGUGCCACAGACACAGAGAACAUCCGCUUUGUGUUUGCAGCCGUCAAAGACACCAUUCUGCAGCUGAAUCUGAAGGAAUACAACUUGGUGUGAGCACCACCGCCUCCCUCACUUCCCUCCUUCUCACCUCUCCUCAAGGGCAAGGGCGGCCUCUUUCUGGCCUGGACUUGUGGCUUGAGUUUUUUUCUAGAAAAAGAAAAACCAAAAAAAAAAAACAAAAACAAAAAAAACCCCAAAUAAACAAAACCCCAAGGCAGACACAUGGACACCAGUGUGCCCCAGGCCCUAUGGGAGCCCAGCCCUGUGGCCAGCACAGUGGGGGCUGUGGCACCCAAGGCCUUGCGGCAAGCCCAGUCUAUCACUCCUUGGUGCCCUGCGUUCAAAUCCUCCUCCAUCAGGAAGGCCUGGAGGCUUGGGGCUGCCUACUUGCCAUUUUCUAAGUUAUUGAUGUCCAUACAUCCAUGUCCUCCUAGCCCACGCUGUCUGCUCCCUGGACACCAAGAAGUGGGAGUGGGCAGCACCCCGUGCCCACCCUGGGAAGUGCCUAACCACAUAUAUAUAUAUACACACACAUAUAUAUAUUUUUUCUUUUUAAAGAGAAAAAUAAGCUCUCCUGGUUCAGCAGACGGAGGUCCCUCUAUGUCCGCUUGCCAGGGGCAGGCCAGGCUAGAGCUGGGGAGAUCCUGAGGGGAUCCCAGUAUGCUGUCCCUGACCAUCUGGCUUGGAAAGUCUGUGGGGACUGUGGGGAGUUGGGGCAGCUGGAGGGGAUGGGCCCCAUCCAGCUAGGUGUGGCCUUGUGGACAGGGCGGCAACUUUGGGAUUACUUGAGUUCUUGUUUUCGGGUGGGGCGGGGACGUCUUCCCAGUGUACUCAGGUCUGUCCCCAGAAGCAGAAGUGGGGAUGCUGCCGGUAGCUCUACCCAUGACCCAUCCCAAGCUCUUGUCCCUGCUCUGAGCCCUUAGGCGAGAGCCCCCACUGGGACUUCCCAAGGCAAGGAGACAGCGCGCGGAAGGUGGUGGCCGCUGGUCCUGAGGGGGCUGUCCCUCACGCACACUACAGUGUUCUGUUCUGUUCUGUCAGAUUCUCUUUGUAUUUGUAUGUGGGUCCCAGGUCAGGAUGGCAGGUAAUGCCUUCCUCCCACCAGCUGUGCUAGGACCCUGGGCCUCAAACAAGUUCCAGGAGCAUCCACUCAUAUGUGGGCCAGCCUGAGGACCAGCCACAUUGUCCCCCUGCUCCCUGGAGAAAGAAAUGGGGCGUGUGGCCAUGGUGGCCCACAGGGUCAGGACAGGCAGUAUGGUGGGACAGCUACAUUCCUGACCACUGGCCUGUGUCGUCUCCCCUGGGUCCUCACACCAGGGUCUCAUGUCUGUGCCACAGUGGGGCAAGGCCUACCAUGUGCCAGUUAUUGUAUUGCCCACCCAACAGCUACGUGGCCAUUACCUGCCCCAGGAGCCUGGGGCCCUGCAGGUGGCCCAGGCGGGGCCCCUCAGUCUAGACCAGGGGUCAUGAGCCAGCCAAGUGUUAGCCCUGCUCAGGGCCGUGUACCAAGUAUCCAGGCUGCCAUGGCCAUAGCCAAAGCCCUAGAGGACAGUGUUUGGUUUGCCUGAGUGGCUGGCAGAGGGGCCGGUUCAGGGGAACCAGACAGGGCCCUCAUGUCUGUGCCAGUCGGUUUGGGACAGAGUCCCAGCCCUGCCAUGUCCACUCUUGCCCUGCCACAGGUAGCCUGGCUAUGGGGGUCCCUGCUCCGUGGAGUUCUCCAUGUGUGUCAUGAGUGCCAAGCACCCUCCAUCAUCAUGGGGGUGACCUGACCACCCUUGUAUAUUACACAGCCCUGAUUUCCGCCUAUUUAAGAGAACACUAUGUGCUGUUUUUAAAACCUCUGGCCUUUGCAUGUAUGUGUGGUGGAGGGGAGAGUGGGUCGGGCACACGGCCCCAUGCCAACCUCCCACAGCCCAGGAGGGACAGGUGCCAGGGUCUGUGUGGCAGGUCACAGCCCUCACCCCCCAAUCCAGAGAUUGAAUUGAAAUUGACUUUUCAUAUCUUUCUUCUGAAAUGAAUUCUGUUUUAAAUCAGAAUAAAUUUUGUUCCUAAA